AUAACAAUUAUUACAAGUUUAAAAAUACAUUCAAGAAGUUGACCCAUCAUUUGUCCCAAGAAAUGGCAGCAAAUGAGCUUUGCAGUGUGUGUGUAUAUAAGCAGGGGAUUAGUUGAGCCAGAUAUCAAGUUAAGCUAGUAUCUAGGAGAGAUGGAGAGGGAGAGGGAAAGGGAGAAGAUGGAGAGGGGCAAAUCUGAGCUGAGGAUGGCCAUGGAAGAGCUCUGCUUACUCAGCUCAGGAGAUGGAGAGCAGGAUCAGCAGGAGCAAGAGCAGCAGCAACAGCAAAUUAGGUCGUCCACCAUGGAUCUCAUCUGUGUAUCCAAACAGCUCCUUCAUGUCCUUGAUGAGAUUGGACCGACUUUACUGGUACUGAGGCAAGACAUUCAGCAAAAUGUCCAGAGAUUACAAGAUUUUCAUGCGAGAGAACCGUCGAAAUAUGCGAGUUUGACGGCAAUCGUGACUGGGGAAGUGGAGGAAGGAAUCUCAAAGAAGACCAACAGCUGCACCAGGACUAUUAUCUGGCUGGCUAGGUCAAUGAAAUUUUCAAUAAAUUUACUGGAGAGAUUAAUGAAGAACUCAGAGGUUAGUCUGAAAGAGAUGGUAGAAGAAGCAUACAAGAGCACCCUGAAGCCAUUCCAUGGAUGGAUCUCAUCAGCUGCCUACAGGGUAGCACUGAGUCUCAUUCCAGACAGGGAGAUCUUCAUGCAGUUGUUGAUGGGAGACUGCCAGGACCUUGAGGACUUUGCAGGAGAUGUGAUGAUCUUGGUCUCCAUUGUUCAUCCUCUGCUAGAGGAGAUCAAUGCCAUUUUGGUUAAGCACCAGCUGGAGAGCCUGAAAUCCACCUGAAACACAAGGAUGGCUGAUUAUUGUACAUAGCUACUACUCUUCUACUACAUGAGCUAGUUAACCUAUCUUUGCCUUGUAAUGGUGUUUAGUCCUAGACUCCUUUUAAAAGAAAAUUAAAGCUGUCCUGUCAACAAAUGUCUGUGUUGUAUGUUUUCAUGCCCUUGUAGUUCUUGAUUAGUGGGUUGGAUGUAUCAGAGGAAUCGUUUAUCUGCUUUAAGAUUUGUAAACUCUUGUUAAAAGAGGAGAACCAAAAAGGUGGCAACACCAUUCAUGCUUUCACAACAACAACCACCAAGAAUCUUAUUUCUUCUUCUAUA